GCGAUACGCAUUGAGUUUGGAGACAAGAGAAGAGCGCGUUGCUCAUUGCGGUAAAAAAAAAAUUGUAGUAGUAAACUCUGAAGACAGAAGAAGGUGUUAUUUCUACAAAGAGACUGCUGCUUUUUACACCAAACCGGGAUACUAUUCAUUCAAAGGUGAUCGUUCAGCUAAAGGAUGAAUUUUGAGCAGCCCCCUCCGUACCCAGGCAAUGGCCCCUCUGCUCCAGGCUACCCGGUCCAGGGCCCGCCUCCACAUGGCUACCCUAACCAGGGUUACCCUCCACAGGGAUACCCAGUGAACAUGGAGCAGCCCAAUCCAGCUUACCCCAACUACCCUGCGGGACCAAUGGGCCCUGGAGGCCCUGGAGGCCCUUAUCAAGACCCCGGACAGCCUCCUUAUGGGUACGCUGGACAACCGCAACCACAGUUUGGCUGGCAGGGGGGACCCCCUGGACCAAUGUAUGGGGAGGCUCCCAAAAACACAGUGUACGUGGUGGAGGACAGGAGAAGAGACAACUCCGGCUCGGACUCGUGCCUGACGGCCUGCUGGACAGCUCUGUGUUGCUGCUGUCUCUUCGACAUGCUGACAUAACUACUAUCCAAUUCCUGUUCACCCCCUCGCCCCCCAUUUCUGUGCCUCGAACCCCAUCACCCUUUCCCAAUCCUCCCCCUCUUUAUCUGCCUUAAACCUCGCACUCUCUCAAAACCAACCCUCCGUUUCCUCUACAAGUCUUUUAUCCUCGUCUAUAAAUAAAAGCCUCGAUUUCAAUAUGGAAGUCUCUGUCCGGAGCCGCUUACUCGGCGUGAAUCCCUCAGCACUGAAUAACUCACUGACCCUGUGCAGGGGCUGCUCUGUAGCAGUUUGUAACUGAGCUAACCUGAGAGGCAGGCUCUUCACUGUAAUCUAACACCAACACACCAGGAAUA